AUGCUUCUCGCGGACGAAAAACGCCUCGCAUUGCUUGCAGUCUGCGUUCGCAGCGGAGUGGUGCUGUUGACAACGGCCCUGGAUAUAGCUCUGCCCGAUUAUGACACUUCUAAGUUCAUCACCCCAGAGAUUUCCAAAUACCUGAAACUCACGAAAGUAUCAUGCCUUUCCGCCUGGCCGUGCGGGGUGGGGAUGCGAGACAUGGCAGCCCGUGGAAUGUGCGAUCCAUUGCACUCCUCCAGAACUGCUGGCCAGCUUCCCAGGACUCCUUCGGCGCCCCUGCAAGGAUGGCUGGUGUGGGACUCGGUGUUCUUCGCGGACAUUGCUGCUCGGGGUUACGCAUUUGAACAGUACUAUGCCUUUUUCCCCUUGCUGCCAGGGCUUGUCUCCCUGGUCGCCCCAACCCGCCUCUUCGCUGUCGUGGCGCUGGCCAUCAACGCGGCGGCAUCAGUGCUAGCCACGGGGCCGCCUGGCCCCGGCGGUGGCGGCUGUGGCAGUGUCCUGCGGACUGCGGUCCAAUGGGGUUAUCAACGCCGGCUACCUGGGGCAUUACUGCUGCCGGAGGGCAGUCGCGGUCUGGCCCUCAAGCAAGCUUACAGUACGUUUUGCCUCCGCAACACAUCCACAUCCACAUCCACAUCUCCCCCCACUGGCGACAUGGACCGCAUGCGGCAGCUACACCGGGAGUGGACCAUCGAUAACCGUUGGCCGCGGCCCUGGUGCUCAGCCCAGGUGCCGUACGUGUACGGAUUCGUACAAUCCGAGUACUGGAACGUGGGCUUCCUUCGGUACUGGACGUGGCAGCAGCCCCCUCAGCUGCCCAACUUCCUGUUGGCCGCGCCGGUGGUGCUGUUGUCCGUGUCCGGCCUGGCGGUGUACUGCACCGCCAACUGCCGCCACGUCAUGUUACGACUGGGCCUGACGCCCCUGGAGCCGGCAGAGCCGCCGCCGCGCGGCGCACAUCCAGGAUACGACGACGACGAUGGCGAUGACGGCGAUGACGGCGAGGCGGCGGCGGCAGCGGAGGAGGAGGAUGACAUCAGCGAUGGCAAGGGAGGGGAUGAGGAGGUCGGGGUAGACGGCGCGGCGGCGGCGUGUGGGCCCUUGUCAGCAGCAGGCUUUGAGCCCCAGAAGGGCAAGGCUGCUGAGGCGGAGCCAGGUGGCCAGCCCAGAUUCCAGGCGCCUGGUCCCGACAGCUCAACCGGCCUCCGCCAGAGGCGGCGGCAGCGGCAGGAGGAUUCGGCGGGUUGUUCUCAAGACGACGCUGCCGCUGACGAUGGCGCCGCUGUGUCAUCAGCCUUGGAUGACGGGCCACGGACCCACGGGUCACAUGAUUGGAGCCCGGCGGCCGUCCGCGCCGAAGGGCCCUUGGUUGCUUCUCUAUUGGCGGCUCCAUCUGGCCUGGGCCGACGGGAGGGGGCCGUCAAAGAAGUGAUCGCUCAGGCGCUAGCUGGCAUCGAUGCAUCGCGCGUGGUGGGCAUCAGCGUCUCCGGUCAGCAGCACGGACUGGUGGUUCUGGGAGAUGACGGAGAGGUCCUCCGUCCCGCCAAGCUGUGGUGCGACACGGAGAGCGCUGCUGAGGCAAAGGAGCUGUCUGAGAGGCUCGGGUGGACCCUGGUUCCCAGUUUCACAAUUACCAAACUGCUGUGGCUCAAGCGACAUGAGCCCGCCGUGUUCGAAGCGGUUCGUUGUGUGCUGCUGCCCCACGACUACAUCAACUAUUGGAUGACGGGCAGGAGGGUCAUGGAGUGUGGCGACGCCAGCGGCACGGGAGUGCUGGAUGUGGCUGCUCGGCGGUGGGACGAGGAGGCCAUGGAGGUGGUGGACCCACGGGUCAGAAACAUGUUCCCGCCGUUGGUGGCCAGUCCGGAGGAGGCGAUAGGUGGGUUGCUACCCGAAGUGGCAUCCGAGCUGGGUUUGGCUCCAGGGGUGGUGGUGGCGCCCGGCAGCGGCGACAAUGCCAUGAGCGCGCUGGGGGCGGGUGCCGCGGGCGACGGCGCCACGGUAAUGUCCCUGGGCACCUCCGGGACCAUAUUCUCCAAGUCCCCCCGCCCCUUGCUGGACCGCACGGGGGUCAUCUGCUCCUUCUGUGACACCACGGGAUCCUACCUGCCGCUGCUGUGUACACUGAACUGCACCCGGGUAUUGGAGGAGGUGUGCGGGGCCUUCGGAAUGGAUCACGCGACGCUGACGGAUCUGGCAGGAAAGGAGCCGCCGGGCUGUUGCGGGGUGACGUGGCUGCCGUACAUGAUCGGCGAACGCACCCCCUGCUGGCCGCACUCCAGCGGGGCACUGCUGGGACUUCGACCGGGCUGUCUGCGGCCGGGUCUCGUGUACCGGGCUGCCGUGGAGGGCGCCACGCUGUCGCUGCUGAGCGGCUUCCGGCGGAUGGUGGCUGCGGGUCUGCGGCCCUCCCGCCGGCUGCGGCUGGUGGGCGGCGGCGCUCGGAACCCCCUGUGGCGGCAGAUGGUGGCGGACGUGUUUCAGAUGGAGGUGCUGCUGCCCUCGGAACCGGACUCGGCGGCACUGGGGGCGGCGUUGCAGGCUGCUGCCGUGGUGACGGGAGAAUCCGUAGCAUCCUACGUGUCCAAGUACCCACCGCCCCUACAUAACGAGUCGCUUUAA